AUGCUCAAAGCUAAAGUGUUGUUCACAAAAGACACGAAGUUCAAAUCAGGUUGGAAGUUCGAUCAUGUGUGGGAUAUUGUAAAAAAUUUUGAAAAAUUUAAAGAUUGUUCUUUAAGUAGCAGGAGAAAUCCAUCUUUCAACUAUCCCUCUUCCGAGUCGGAAAAUCCAACUCCAGAUUCUGUUGGGCAGGCAUCCCCCGGCGUCUCCUCCUUUUCUCUUAACCUAAACGAUUCAGUAAUUGGUUCUCCGUCAGAAAGACCUAUUGGAGUGAAAAGGGCAAAACUGAAAAGAAAAAGUGAUGAUAAUACAUCAUUACAUAUAAAUGGUAUGCAGGAAACAAGCGAAAAAAUGGUUGAAGAACUAAGAAGGAUAAAUGAACAAAUGCAAUAUCAUAAUGCAUUGAAAGAGAUAAAGGAAGAAAAUAAAAUUUUAUUGAAAGAUUUGAGUAAAAUAAGAGAUCCACAGCUUCGAACAUUUAUUGAGGCUGAACAAGCACGAAUAAUGGAAAAAAGAGCUCAAAAUCAAGAUCAACCAGAUCCAUUCGCGACGGGUACAUUUUCAGGAUAUUUCAAUAAUCUUGGAGGAAGUGAUGCUAAUUUAUCAUAUUAUUAA